AGUCUGCUGGCAAGGAAAAGAAAGAAGGAAAAAAAAAAAAAAAAUGGCAGGGAGGAGCAAACCGGCGGGGGAGGAAAUAAAAAGAGAGAGGGAAAGACAAGCGUCAUUUAGGAAGGGGUAGAGUGAGAGAAAGAGCUCAGGAUCUAAAACCCACAGCAUUUUAUAUCUUUUCUCCUCCCCAGAGAUCCCUGUCCCGUCACUUUCCUGACAGAGGUGCUGUGACAGGCUGCCUUCUCAGAAGUCCAAGAAGAAGCUCAGACUGCUGUUCCUUCCCUCUCAAGUCCAGGGGUCUCCCUGGUAAUGGAUUGCUUCUCUCUGAGUUUUUGCCCUGAGGAGACCACCCAGAUCUAGUCUGUGAACUCAGCUAGGAGACACCACUGUAACAAUGACAGACGAGCCCAUAAAGGAGAUCCUGGGAACCCCAAAGUCUCCCAAGCCGGUGGCAAUGGAAAAGAAUGCCAAUGGCGAAGUGGUGGUUACCUUGGUGCCCCUGGUCAGUGAGAUUCAGCUGGCGGCCGCCACCGGGGGCGCUGAGCUCUCCUGCUACCGCUGCGUCAUCCCCUUCGCCGUGGUGGUCCUCAUCACCGGGACCGUGGUCACUGCCGUGGCGUACAGCUUCAACUCCCAUGGCUCCAUCAUCUCCAUCUUGGGCCUGGUCCUUCUGUCCCUGGGACUUUUCCUGUUAGCGUCCAGCGCCCUGUGCUGGAAGGUGAGGCAGAGGAGCAAGAAAGCCAAGAGGCGGGAGAGCCAGACAACUCUGGUGGUGAAUCAGAGAGGCUGGUUUGCUUAGGACUGAAUGAGACCAGUUGGGACGCGUGACCCGAAGGACCUGCUGUCACUUCAUCAGCCAGGGCACCCAGGACGGCUGUGGGGAGCACGCACUUGGCCUGGACCAGAGGCACGGGUCGGCCUGACGGCGGAAGGUGCGCAGGGCUCUCGUCUGUGAGCAAUGACUCCUUUCUUCUUCAACGACAAACUUAACUCCAAGGGCUAUUCUAAGACUGAAAAUCCUCUGUAUUAAAUAUUUUAGGAGUCAUGAGAGGUUCGUGGCAUUAGACAUUUUGUUGGAAAGUAGGCCAGAAAAGCUGAGUUCUGGCACACCAGUGACCUGCCUCCCAAGGAGAUAACCCACACUAUUAAGAUGUUAUAUCCCAAGAAUGUUCUGCUGAGAGUCUGAUCUGCUUUGGACUUUGCAUUCACCCGUGAAAUUCUAUGAUAUUUCUUUUUCCCGAAAAGUUGAUUCUCUGGCAUCUGUUUAUUUUUCAUGUUCAGUAAAGCAUCACUGGUGGUACUUUUCUUGAGGAAUAAACUAAUAUUUUUUUUUAUGUUUUAACAUUGGACAGUUCUUACAUGAUUGUAAUGAUGUGUCAGAUCAUUAAAAAAGGUAAAAUGUGUAGCUACUAGAUCACAUGGGGGGAUAAAUUAAUAUUAAAAUAAUCCUAUACAGCACUUUUGAUGAUUUUUAUAUUUCAUGUAAAAAUUUAAGUUUCAUGUACAGUUCAUUCAAAAUAAUAAAUACUCAUUGCUGCUGAAA